CACCCACCACACACACACAUACACACACACACACACACACACACACACACACACACACACACCACUCCCUCUCUCUCCCUUUCCUGGCGGACCAUAGCAGUAAGCGCCAGCCUUCCCUCCGUGGCACAGCGCGCUGGCACCGGGGCAGCACCACUUGGGUCUUCUUUCCCUCUUCCCAGCGACCCUGGGAAGCCCAAAAGGAAGUGACCCCGCACUGUGGCUUCCCCACCAGUCUCUUGGACUUGGAUUUUCAUUUUUUCAUUCAUGGUCCAAUUAGUUUGAAUUCCCCAACAGGAGACAAAUCCUGACCUUGGAAGGUGGGAAGAGGCGAGGGUAAAGUGCAUCAAUCCACAGGCAUUUUAUUAGCAUCAGCACAAUACCUCUAUGCAGUGGGAAUUGGUUUACUGGGGGGGGGGGCGGGGGCAGACAAAAACUUACUAAUUCAGCCAGAGGUUUCUGCUGAUUGCCGGCUUCCCUUCGCAGAGUUUUCUGAUGAGAGAGGUGUCUGAAGCGCUGGGAGAGGGACUAGGUGCGUGGGUGGAAUUCUGCAUUGGAGGAGAGGAUGGGGUUAAUUGGCUGGGUGUUACUUGGCGGGAAGUUUCCGUGCAGUGGACGUUGUGGUGCUAGCGCGAGUGGCAGGGGCCCGCAGCUAAGCUUAAAGAAAGGACUCACACCGAGUCUGGGCGAUAGGGGGACCCCCCCCAAAACACCUCGGAAUAUCAGGCCGGCGGACCGUAUUCUCCACCUCCCGCGAGCGGGAAGAGGACUGUGGAGCUACCUGGGAGAAGGCGUGGAGGGUGCCGCUGGUGGUGGCUUUGCGUAGCGCGGUGGCACGAACUGUGUAGCUCGGCCUAGGUGCGCAUCAGGCCAGAUUUGCCCUGGAAACUCUUAGGACAGCGACAAGAAAGGAUCCCCAGGUUCUGGGGUCGAGUUCUGUUUGUGUUUUGUUUUGUUUUGUUUUGUUUUGUUUCGAUUGUUUCCCAUCUUGAGAUAAUAUGUUGGUAUGCGUUAGAUAUUUAAGAAGGGAUUGUGGAUGUUUUGGGACUUUCAUCCGCGCCCUGCGUGCGCUCCGGGCGGAUAAAGCAGCACAUUUGCAUCCUAGGGCCGCUGGCUUGCCGACUGCGGCUGCAGCGAGCAGAUUAUUUAUUGCGACCGUGCUGGGCGCUCGCUGCUGCCACGCUGUGGCCAUUGCGGGGACCGGCGCCAGCCGCAGCUCGCCUCUUGCAGUCUGGCGAGACUGCUGUACCGGCCCCUCAGAGAUUUCCCAGCAGGCAGGGGAGAGGGGGACAAAAGGGGACCCGGGGGGCGGUCUCCUAGGGCCCAUUUGGCCGGGAAUCUCCCCGUCUCGGCCACUCCUGACAGGAGCUGGAAGCCGGAAUAGACACGGGUCCUCCCCCUACCCCCACCCCAGCACCAUGGAGACUGGUUGCACAGGCCGCCUGGCACGUCAUGGCUGCUUCUGUCCAAACUGCGCGUCCCAAGGCUCUUUGGGGGCACACGCUAAUUCAGGGAACGAUCUGGCUUUGGGAUUCUGAAAUCGGAGAGACCACUGGUAGUCCCGAGGCCUGCAGGCCUGGCUGGCCCUAAGGAGUACUGGCUAUGGCAAGGAAGGCGUGCUUUGGCUCCAGUAGAGGGCCUGUGACGGGCAGAGGCCGCACCUGUGUGCUUCGGGCUCUGGCCUGGACUAGCGAUCUGGCCGGACCGCGGUGGCCUUUGAGGUCCCACACCCACAUACCUACAAGCCUUUUUCUAGGCUGGCGGAAGUCGAGGAGCUCAAUGGGCAGUCCAGGGCAAGGGCAGACUGUGGGGCCCUGCUCGCCAUUCAGCCUCCCUUGGAGAGAAGCUGAAAGGUAAGUUGGCUUUCUGUGUGGCUUUGACAGAGGAGAGCCCUGGGGUGGCCAGUCUCACCAUCCCAGAGAAGCUCUCUGGAGGGUCUGGGGCUCCUACUCUUGCCUGAAUGUGUCUCUCCCCUGCCCUCCAUAUACAUAGCUGGUUGGAGAAAUAAAUUGGUAGGCUGCCAAUAUGAUAUGCACCAGCUUGGCUAACAUGUAAAGAUUUCAGUUCAACGUAAUUUUUUUCCAUCUUAGUGCCUACAGAAGCUAGAAGUAAAAUGUUUUCUGGCUUUUAAGCUGAGAAAUCAAAUUCUCUCAUUGGCUGGGACAAUUAUUUGAUUGAAAAUCCAGGUCAAAGCAUAACAAAUAAUAAUAGUAAAGUGACACCAACCCCAACGCUGUGUGGGACAUGGAAGAAUGAAAGAAAAAUAUAAAUGUAAACAUUUAUCAACACCUCCAAACCAGUUAUUUUCAUUUUAAUUAAUAACUAGUUGAAAAUCAGCCCCCAAAAUAACUCAGACAUGAUAUUCUUCAGUUUUUAAAAAUUCCCUUUUUAUUUUGUGACUCUUGAGUUUUCAUUUUCACCUCUUGAAACCUUUCCCUGAAGAAAUGUAAGGGAAAUGUCAAAUUCUAUCCUCUCCUUCCAGGCCCUUCUUUAUAAGCAAAGGAAAAACUUUCCUGGCUGGAUUGACUGGGGAUCAGGCACAAAGCUUCCAGGUGCAGCCCCCAUCUGCAGGCAAGCAGCCACCUUCCAGGGUGCCCUCUUUGGUGGAAGUCAACCUUAGGCUAGUCCUUUCCCAAUUUUUUCCCUUUGGGAGAAAGGAGGUCAGGAAAAAAUAAUCGAAAAGCGAGGAAGAGAUUAGUCCUUACCAGAUUCCUAAGGGAUCUCUGUCAAUUGCCACCUCCCCCCUAAAGUCCUGAACAGCCUGUGUUGGCCAGGGUUUUACAGAUCUUAUAAACAGUCUCCAGAAAUCCAACUAAAUCACGUAAAUAGUCUUUCUUCAAUCUCCACAGAAUUGAGGAUUUUAAAGCUAAUUCAAGGGAUUUUACAAGCCCAACAAACACAGUCGUAAAAAUGCCAUUGGGCCGAUAUCACAUUUUACAAAACGAGAUUGAUCCGUGUGCUGUAAAAGUCAGCUAUCUGGAAGGCACACCUCUCAGACAAGAGAGAGCAGCCCAGGACAGGCUUUUCAUGUCCUAUCUGGGGAUGGCCAGGCCUGGCCGGUGGUAAAAUAAUUCAGGAUUUCUGGAGCCAGUGAGACAACUGCUCCCGGUUCUGGAGCAACUGCGGAUGGUAGCCCUCGGAGCAAUCCCAGGAAGGGCAGGAAAAGGGCCGCGCCCCAGGACAGUGCUGGCUGUCGGGCGCCCCAGAAACCAAGCCCAUCAAUUAUCCCCCUGGCCUUGGGCCCCGCCGUGCUGCCCUCUGUGCUGUGCUCGGCCAGGGGCCCUGUUUCUCCUGCACCUCUGGAAUGAGGGCAGAGAGAUUCCAAGGCUGGAUUUUUAUCUGUAUCAGCUCUGAGCCGUUUGAGCUGAGGAUGGCGAGUCCCAGGGUGCUCGGUAAGGGGAGUAGGUCCCAAAGCUGGCUUCGGAGCCCAGUCUCACAGCUGCUCUUGUCAGUCCUUUCUCCUUGAAAUUAGUGGUUUCUGGCCUCUUGAUUCCGAGUUCAAGGGCAGGAUGAGGGUGCCCAGCUGGAGAGGGUGCUUUGAGGAUGGGCAGGCACAGGUCAUUGCAGGAGUGCCCAUGGGGACUCAAACAAAACGUUGUAUGUGGGAGAAGGAUACUGGCGGGAUAAGCCUAUGUUUGGCUUAGUCCUGGUGAGCUUGAGGUGAGCUUCAGCUCUUGACUGCAAUGCCCAAGCCCCUGGCGAAAGUGGGGAAUGAGAGAAUAAGGGGGUUCACUGACUCCUAAGGAGCAGGAUGAAGGGCAAGGAGUGAAGGCUUGGUUUCUUGGAGCCCCUUCACCAGCUCAGGACACCGCACCCACGAGUAGGGGAGCACAAGGGGAGAGGCAACUCAGGACUAUGCCUGGAGUGCAGGCCGGCAGGGAGUAAAGCCACCCUUGUCACCUACCCUCCUGGCACGGGACUGUCAGGUUUCCUGUUUGGAGGAAAAAAAUAGCAAAAUUCAACAAGGCAAAAAGGGGUAGAGCAAAGAGCGGGCCUGGCAGGGUCUUGGUGGCGUCCCGGGCACUAAUGCCUCUACCUCGGCUUGAUCUGUGCGCCCCUGCACGGGCCAUGCCCGCCGCUGGCGUUCGGGAGGAGAGCCGGGCCGGCUGGCUGUGCGCGCCCAUUAAUCUGCCGGGCGGGCGGCGGGCGGCGGGCUGGGGGCUGUUUGUAACUUUGCUGCCUCGGUCGCCGCGGUCCCCGGGGAGCGGGCUCCGGCGCUCGCUCCCAUUGGCCGCCGCCGCGUCAGCUGGUGCGAUUUGCUGCUGUCGCUUUUGGCGUUCGGCCAUCCAGAAACAAACCAGUUCGAUGACUACUAAUAGUUAUAGCCAGAUGUACUAAUACACAACAAAUCACAGUCCUGCAGAGGGGCGCGCAAAUGAGUUCCUAUUUUGUGAAUCCCACUUUCCCCGGGAGCCUGCCCAGCGGCCAGGACUCCUUCUUGGGCCAGCUGCCCCUCUACCAGGCCGGCUAUGACGCGCUAAGGCCCUUCCCGGCCUCGUAUGGGGCGUCGAGCCUCCCGGACAAGACGUACACCUCACCUUGUUUCUACCAACAGUCCAACUCGGUUCUGGCCUGCAACCGGGCGUCCUACGAAUACGGGACCUCAUGUUUCUAUUCUGAUAAGGACCUCAGUGGCGCCUCGCCCUCGGGCACUGGCAAGCAGAGGGGCCCCGGGGACUACCUGCACUUUUCUCCCGAGCAGCAGUACAAACCCGACAGCAGCAGCGUGCAGGGCAAAGCCCUCCAUGACGAAGGCGCCGACCGGAAGUACACAAGCCCCGUUUACCCUUGGAUGCAGCGGAUGAACUCCUGCGCGGGUGCUGUGUACGGGAGCCAUGGGCGCCGAGGCCGCCAGACCUACACGCGCUACCAGACGCUGGAGCUGGAGAAGGAGUUCCACUUCAACCGCUACCUGACGCGGCGCCGCCGCAUCGAGAUCGCCAACGCGCUCUGCCUCACCGAGCGCCAGAUCAAGAUCUGGUUCCAGAACCGCCGCAUGAAGUGGAAAAAGGAAAAUAAACUCAUCAACUCCACGCAGCCCAGCGGGGAGGACUCUGAGGCAAAGGCGGGCGAGUAGACUCCUGGGCAGGGACCAGGCCAGCGCAGCAACCUUCUUAGGCUUUGCCUGUAGCGCUCGUCUGCUCCCCAACUUUUCUCCCCGCCU